UUUUUUAUAUAAAUCUUUGACACUGAUAGUUUCGCCAUUAAAAGCUUUCACGGUUUGUGUCCCACGAAAAUCCCACCUUCGCCAACCCAGAAGUUUUCUCUUUUUGUUCUUAUAUAAACUGUCUCUUUGCUUUACUGGGAAACUCGAGUUUUUAGCAAUGGGUAAACAAGGAAGAAGAAUGAAGAUGGUUGCUCUGUUUUUGGUUGUUCUGUUUCAAUGUAAAUUCUUGGCUGUUGCAAUUUUAGACCCACUUGAUUUUUUGGCUUUACAGUCCAUUAGGAAGUCUCUACGUGAUUUGCCCGGCUCUAAUUUCUUUGCUUCGUGGGAUUUUACCUCUGAUCCUUGUAACUUCGCCGGAGUUUACUGCGAUUCCGAUAAAGUAAUAGCUCUUAAUCUGGGUGACCCGCGUGCUGGUUCUCCGGGUUUAACUGGAAGAAUAGACGCUUCCAUUGGGAAACUAUCAGCUCUCGCCGAGUUAUCUAUUGUUCCGGGUCGGAUCUAUGGAUCGUUGCCGCAGUCGAUCUCGCAAUUGAAGGAGCUUCGAUUUGUAGCGUUCAGUCGGAAUUUCAUCUCCGGGGAUAUUCCGGCCACUCUCGGCCAAUUGAGAAGUCUUAAAACGCUUGAUCUCAGCUAUAAUCAGCUCACCGGAGAAAUCCCUCGCUCCAUUGGAACCUUGCCGGAGCUUACCAACGUUAUUCUCUGUCACAACCACCUCUCUGGUUCGGUCCCUCCAUUUCUCUCCCAAGUCUUAUCCCGGCUGGACCUCAAACACAAUGCACUCACCGGUUCGCUCGCUCCCGACUCUCUCCCUCCUUCGCUCCAGUCCCUCUCCCUCUCCUGGAACCAGCUGACCGGACCGGUGGACAAGGUCCUAUCCCGGCUUGAUCAGUUAAGCUACCUAGAUUUAAGUUUAAACCAGUUCACCGGUGCCAUCCCCGGCCGUCUGUUCUCGUUUCCCAUUACGAACCUCCAGUUGCAAAGAAACUUGUUUUCCGGUUCAGUCCAACCAGCUGAUCAAGUGACAAUCUCGACCAUUGAUCUAAGUCACAACAGGCUGUCGGGUCAGAUAUCACCAAUGUUCUCGACGGUACAGAACCUUUACCUGAAUAACAACCGUUUCACCGGUCAGAUCCCGGCCAGCAUUGUGGACCAGUUAUUAGCCGGCGACAUACAAAUACUUUACUUGCAGCAUAACUAUUUGACGGGGAUAGAGAUUAAUCCGACGGCUGAUAUUCCUGUAAGCAGUUCGAUGUGUCUACAGUAUAAUUGCAUGGUGCCACCCGUACAGACGCCGUGCCCGUUGAAUGCCGGGAACGGGAAGACUAGGCCUACUGUCCAGUGUAACGAAUGGAAGGGGUAGAUUGGUAACUUUCACGAACUUUUGGGAUGUUUGUAAAAUAAUACAAGAGGAGUUGAGAGAAUCUUUUUAAGAAGGAAUGGGCAUUCGG